AAUUGAAAGCAUGUUGGUCUUUUCUCUCUCUCUCUCUCUGCUGCUGCUGCUGUCAUUCGCUAACCUGCUUCGUCGGCACGCACAUUUGUUCUCUCUCUCCAUCUCUCUCGCCAACCUCUACAUAUGGUCACUUCAGGGUCCCUUCACACAGAUUUUUGCUGAAUUUUGAAGGCUUCCUCACUGUCUGUUCUCAUCGUCUGUUCCACUCGCUCACCAUCACUUCACAAUGAGUGUACAACCACAACCCAUAAUCCCUGCCGUUCCGCAGUACUUGAAAGGAUUUGUUAAACAGGUUCUUUCCGGUGAUUCAAUCAUCAUUCGCGGAGUCCCGAAAAGAGGUCCACCUCCAGAGAGGCAACUUAACUUGUCUUCUAUAUCAGCACCCAGACUUGCUCGUCGGCCAGGAGGCAAUGUGAAGAUUGAGGAUUCAAAGGAUGAACCCUGGGCUUGGGAGGCUCGUGAAUUUAUGAGGAAGAAGUUGGUUGGAAAAGAAGUCUGGUUUGCUAUUGAUUACAAGGUCCCUGCGUCUGGGCGAGAGUAUGGAGUAGUCUUGCUUGGUCGAGAUGCCCAUACGGCGGAGAACAUAACCGAGGCUAUCAUUUCGGCAGGAUUGGCGACUGUUAGGAAGGAGGGGAAAAGUGAUGUUUCUGCACUUGUAGAACUCGAAGAGGCAGCCAAAUCUGCUGGAAAGGGAAAAUGGGGCCCUGAUCCACCAGAGAGCCAUGUUCGUAACAUUACUUGGUCACUAGAAAAUCCAAGAAGUCUGCUAGAAAAAUUUGGCAGAAAGCCUGUGCAAGCCGUUGUUGAACAUGUUCGUGAUGGAUCAACGAUUCGCGUUCUCUUACUCCCAUCAUUCCAUUACGUUACCGUGAUGAUUUCUGGCAUAAGGUGCCCUGGUUUCAAAGUCGAUUCUGAAGGAAAGCCAGAUCCUUCAACAACGGAAGCGUUUGCUGAAGAGGCCAAGUUUUUUACUGAAAUUCGUCUUCUCCAGUCCGACGUAGAAGUAGCCUUGGAGUCCGUUAAUAACCAAAGCUUUGUAGGGUCCGUAAUUCACCCGAACGGCAACAUUGCCGAGCUUCUAUUACGUGAUGGAUUUGCUCGUUGCAUCGAUUGGUCAAUGGGUUUCGUUUCUGGAGGGGCUGAGCCAUUGAGAACGGCUGAAAAGGUAGCGAAGGAAAAGAAAUUAAGACUAUGGAAAGACUACCAAGCAAAUCAAGCGUCGGGUUUGGACAGUCUUAAACCAAAAGACAAAGAUUUUGUUGGCACUGUUGUCGAGUGUAUCAAUGCCGACGCUUUAGUUGUUAAGCUUCAAGACGGCACUUUGAAAAAGGUAUUUUUGGCAAGCAUUCGUCCUCCAAGGCAAGAGACAAUUCAAGAAAAACUUGCUGAAGGCCAGACAAAAGAAGCACCAGCUCCAAAGGAAGCCCGUCCAAAAGGAUUCCGCCCCCUCUAUGAUAUCCCUUUCAUGUACGAAGCUCGUGAAUACAUGCGAAAGAAGUUGAUUGGGAAAAAGGUUCAAGUAUCUGUCGACUAUAUCCAGCCAACGUCGAAUAACUUUCCAGAAAAAAUCGGCUGCACUGUCAAAAGUGAUGGAGUGAACAUAGGAGAGGCCCUUCUAACCAAAGGUCUUGCCACCGUUAUUCGGUAUCGCCAAGAUGAUGACCAAAGAGCCAGUGAUUAUGACACCCUAUUGGCAGCUGAGGCCAAAGCUCAAAAGGCGCUUAAAGGACUUCACGGCAAAGACACUCCAACGCACCACGUAAUUGAUAUCACGGGUGAUGCUGCCAAAGCCAAGCAAUUCCUCCCUUACUUUCAACGGGCUGGAAAACUUCCAGCCGUUGUUGAGUACGUUGCUUCUGGUUCGAGGUUGCGUGUUUAUGUCCCACGUGAGGCUCGACUGAUUACACUGCUUCUGGCUGGCAUUAGUUGUCCGAGGGCGGGUCGGACUGUUCCCGGUGGUAGCGCAUCAAUGGAGGCCGAGCCAUUUGGCGAUGAAGCGUUGGCUUUUACAAAGGACGUGUGCCAUCAACGGGAAGUUGAAAUUGAAGUAGACUCUAUUGAUAAGGCUGGAAAUUUUAUUGGGUUUAUAUUCAUUGAAGGAAAGAAUCUUAGCGUAGCUCUGGUAGACGAAGGACUAGCGUCGGUGCACUUCUCUGCAGAAAAAACUCCAUACUUCCGGCCCCUACAGAUUGCAGAAGAUAAUGCAAAAGCUAGGCGAGAAAAAAUUUGGAUGAAUUAUGAGGAUACCAAGGAUGACGUAAAACCAGAAGAUGAUAAGGCCGAGAGAAAAUACGAGCCCAAAAAAGUCAUCGUCACUGAAGUAACAAAUGAAUUGCAUAUUUUUGUGCAAUUCACUGAUCAUGGUGCUAAGUUGGAGGCUUUGACUAGUGAUAUCCGAAGAGAAUUGGCAGAGAAACCACCACUAACUGGUGCCUACACUCCAAAGAAAGGUGACCUUUGUGUUGCACGCUUCAGUGCUGAUAACGAAUGGUAUCGGGCCAAGAUAGAAAAGGUCGAGAAAGAUCAGGUUCACGUGUUGUAUAUUGAUUAUGGCAACAGAGAAGUAAUCAAAUCAUCAAGGUGCGCUGUACUCCCAAGCGUGCCAGGAGCUUCUGAUCAGGGUUUUGCCAAAGAGUAUACAUUGGGAUUUGUAUCUUUGCCGUCUGAUCCUGAUUAUGCUCAAGAGGCAAUUUAUGCGCUCAAACACGAUACGCAAGAAGGGAACCUUUUGUUGAAUAUCGAGUAUAGGAAUGGAGGAAUUGAAUAUGUCUCUUUGGCGGUGGAAGAGUCAAAGGCCGAUAUAGCACAAAACUUGGUAAAGGAAGGACUUCUUAUGGUUGAAAACAGAAAAGAGCGCCGCCUUCAGAAGCUUGUAAAAGACUUCAAGACUGCAGAAAGUGAGGCCAAGAUGAAACAUCUGAAUAUUUGGCAGUACGGUGAUAUCACUGAGGACGAUGCUCGCGAGUUUGGAAUGUCCAAUCGUAACUAAGAGGCUUCUGUUAGGUUUUACUAUACAACGUCCAGAUCCAUCAUAUUGUUACUUAAGUUUAUUUCUAGUUCAUUAUUAUGUAACUGCCUCAUCCUUCAUACCUUAUUUGAUUAUGAGUCGUCAAUUUUUCCUAAGGUUUUGUUCAUAUAUAUGUUUAGUUGUAAUAUGAUUAUACGAGCUCUAAAAGUUCUGUGCGACAGGGCAGGUAGAAAAAUUGACUUCCAAUUGUACAAGGUUAAUUAAAAAAACUAUAUCUGAAAGAUGCCUAAGACUCACGUGUGCCUAACUACCUUUUUCCAAGUAACUGUAACUAGAUGCCGUAAAUGUUGUUAUUAUUGUAAUUUCCUCUCGAAAGGAAAAUCCAAUUUUUAUAUGUUACAAAAAUUUUUAAUAUGCAAUAUUUACUAUACAGUUAAAGGUACUUCUCUACGGCAUUUAAGCGGUGCUGAGUUUUUAGAGUAAUAAAGUUCACAAAAAAACAUAACCUACUGUAUAAUCUACAUUUAGUAAAUUGAUUGACCUUGCUAUCUAUAUGAGUAAAUUGAUAUCGAAAUGUAAUUCUUUUGAACGAGUACUAUCAUCAUAUACUCAUAUUUUUUGUUCAUAAAUAAUAAUGACUUUGAUAAACGCGCUGGUGAUGAUUCGUAUCAUAUACUAAUUUCCAAUAAAUAUAAAUCAGAUAAGAGUCUGAUCGUGAGUAAUUGAUAUAAUAUAUUAGGUGUAUAAUUAUGUGCAUAAUUGUCAUGUAUGAAACCCAUACACUUAUUUAUUGAUGACAGACUGGUAAUUAAAAACAUACAAAUAAGAACACAA